GGCACCUCCCUCUUCAGUCACUUGACACUUGACUACCCAACCGACAAGCGCGGAUAGAAAUACUUUUCUAGAAAUACUAUUCUUUUCCAGAAGCACUAUGCCCUAUCACGUGAUAGUUAUUGCAACAGGUAUAUGACACAGUUGUGGAAGGCCCCGAGUAUUUAACACGCAUUCCAGUUCACCAGAUAAGGCAAAUCUUAGCGUUUCAUGAGACUCAACAAUGGAGAUGGUAGUAGCGUCUCUGGCUGUCGUCUGCAGCCUGUGGGUUGUCACCGUGGGCGCUGUCGUGAAGCCACCCCACUUAGUGUUCAUUGUGGCGGAUGAUUUGGGAUGGAACGAUGUGGGGUUUCACAACCCUCAGAUGAUUACUCCAAACAUCGACAGCCUAGCCCGCCAGGGAGUGAUACUAAACUCCUCCUACGUACAGUACGUGUGUUCACCAUCCCGAAAUUGCUUCAUGACUGGAUAUUACCCCUACCACACGGGGCUACAGCAUGACGUAAUCCACCCGCAGGUACCAGGGUAUGUACCCGCCAACUUUACUCUGCUGCCACAGAAACUGAAAGAGCUCGGCUAUGCAACCCACGCAGUCGGCAAAUGGCAUCUUGGGUUCUGUAACUGGAAAUACACCCCUACAAUGCGUGGCUUCGACUCGUUCCUGGGGUAUUAUAAUGGAGCAGAGGGUUACUACACUCACGUCAGAGGCGAUGGGUUUGACUUCCGGUUCAAUAAAACAGUGGCAAGAAAUUACAGUGGACCCUACUCCGCGAUGACGUUUGCCACGCGAGCUGUAGAAAUCAUCAGGACCCACGACAAGACCAAACCCCUGUACCUGUACCUGCCCUUCCAGUCUGUCCAUGAACCACUACAGGUUCCUCAACGAUUUGAAGAUUUGUACAAGAACAUCAAGACGAAACAACGGAGGACGUAUUGUGGCAUGGUAUCGGCGCUUGAUGAGGCGAUCGGCAACAUCACCCAGGCCCUACGAGACCGCGGCCUCGUGGACAACCUCCUUCUCGUCUUCACCACCGACAACGGUGGUCCUACUUACGCCGGUGCAAACAAUCUGCCACUCCGGGGAGCCAAGACGACUCUGUGGGAAGGAGGGACCAAGGGGACGGCGUUCGUGUACAGUAAGACGCUGCUGCAGAAGUUGAACUACACCAACACUGGAAUGAUGCACGCAGUUGACUGGUUCCCCACACUCCUCCACCUGGCAGGUGGUAGACCAGACCCGGGCAUGGAUGGCGUUAACCAGUGGAACAUGUUGAGUCAAAACUCCCCCAGCAACAGGAAGGAGUUUGUGUACAACAUCGACGACCUCAUGAGCAAUUCAGCCAUCAGGUAUGGGGAUCUGAAGCUGAUACACGGCAGUCCUGGCCGCUACAACGACUGGUACCCAUUGCCAACGUUGGAUGAAGAUAUCAGAGCAGACAAAAAGAAAUGGCCCCAAUACCAGCUAUAUAACAUUACAGCUGACCCGACUGAGCGACACGACCUGGCGACCGAGUUCCCCGACCUCUUGGCCACCAUGAAGCAGAGGCUGGAGGGAUGGAGACAGUCCAUGGUGCCGGCACACUAUCCCCCAAGAGAACCCAAGGGCGAUCCCAAGAACUGGGGCGGGGUGUGGUCUCCUGGAUGGUGUUAGAGAGCUUAGAACACCUGAUGUAAGCAGCAAAAUGUUAAAUUGAAACCACGAAUUAUUAUCUUUCGAAAUACGAUACCACAUACACCAAAUAUUUCAUAAUAAAAAUAAAUAUGAUUUAACUGUU